AUGAGACGCCAUGCACAAAGUAGGACGUGCAUCGACGAUAUUGGUAUUGACAUACUUGUGUCUCAUAUAUUAGUCAGGCUUCCGGCAAGGUGUGUGGGUCAGUGUAGGUGUGUGUGCAGGGAAUGGCUUUCUUUACUAUCGACGCAACAAUUUGCUAUCACGCAUUGUCGCCACAUAUCGACUACUUACGACCAAAAGUUCAUAUUAAUCGGAUCGUUAUCGGGUUACGUUUAUCCUGUUGUUUUUGACCAUUUAAGUCGUUCCUCAAAAAUUGUACUUUCACUUCCAUUCGAACGUUCUUCGUGUCUUGUACGGAUUCUUGCGAGUUUUGAAGGUUUAUUAUGUAUUUGUUUGUGUGAUACUGGUGAGAUGGUUAUUUGGAACCCGCUAACACAGGUGUAUAACAUGGUGGCUAACUCAAAAAUUCGUGGUUUAUGCAACCCACGACUGGAUGCUGUUGCUUUUUAUGUAGAUUCUUCGAAGGGGUACAUGCUUUUACAUUUAAAGCGUUUUGGUGGUAAAAUGUGGCUUUAUAUAUAUUCAUUGAGGCGUCAGUUGUGGCGGAAAGUAGGUUUUCUUGACGAACAAAAGUAUUUCAAAAGGAAGCUUAAAUGGUCUAACGGAACUUUCUGCAAAGGUGUUGUUUAUUUUACGGUUGACUUCAUCAAAAAUCGUUUUCACUCGGGAAGUAUGCUACUUGGUUUUGAUGUGAAGUUGGAAAAAUUUAAUAAGAUACGCUAUCCAAACGUUCCACGUGAUGACUUGGAAGGGCAUUUAUUGCUUAUACAUAACAAUCUGCACAUAUUUCUUACUCACGGGAUGCCUUUUUGGUCAGUAGAUUUGUGGAGGUUGGACGGUGACAGUUGGAUUAAAGUCUGGGUUUUUCCUCCAAUUCGGCCGAUUCUUUUAGGUUGCACGAUUACAUACGUGAUUAGUACUGGCAAGUUUCUUGUCGUAGACGAUUAUGGAGACGUUAAUGAACUAGACAUAACUUUAAGUGGCGAAGAUUGUUACUAUCCUGUGUUAGGUUCCUAUUCGAUGUUGGCAGGCGCGGUAUUUACGGAAACUCUGGUGUCACCAAAUAUGUAG